AUGGAGAAUAUUGACAUAAAAUAUGAAUCAAAUGAAACUAACCCUGAAUUCUUAACCACUCCUAAUGAAUUUACUCAAUGCCGACAAAACCUUCAGGAAGAAAUUAAAAGCGUUGUCAAUCCCCAUAACAGUGAUUCAAAUUCAGAUGCAUUUCCCAUCAAUUCUAACCCUUGUCCACUUACUUCUGUUCAACUGACAGAAUCUGAUGAUAUUUUAAGUCAGGGCACUGAGUUAUUAUCGUCACAUCAAAGUCUUUAUCAAGAAACUGUUGAAAGAAAACAAUAUUCUGAAAGAGAGAUCACUUACAAUUUGUUAUUACGAAAGUUGGUCAAUGAGUAUUUAGACAGGACAGUUACCUAUUCCCAUCAACCAAAGCAUAUUUUGACCAUUUUGAAAAGCGUACUUGAAAGAAAUUUCCCUGAAUUCAAUGAUUCAUUUCAUCGUGAAAGAAUAUGUGCCUACUUGAAAGCGUGUAGACGUAAAGCAAAAAAGAACAGUAGUGAACCAUAUGUAAGAAUCAGUGCACGAUAUUUAAGCGCUGGUACAGCGUCUAGAAAAGCUGAGGAAAUAUACAUGAAAGAACACGACUAUUUAGUUAAUGCAAUCAUGGAUGGUAAUAAAAGUUAUCAUGCAUUUAACCAGUCACUUAUGUUUAAUGAUGAUGAUUAUGGAAGUAAUACAAAUGAGGUCAAAAAUUUUACUACUACAAUAAAUACAAACAGUCAUCAACAACAACAUCAGUGUCAACAACCUGAAUUAACACCCACUUGUUCAUCCACAAAUUCUUACACAUUAAACGAUAAUAACAAUUUAAAUUCGACCAAUAGUAAUGACCAUUUUACAAGUUCCUAUGGUGAACCAAUUCUUAAUCCUUUGAAUUCUGUGUUUCAACAGCAUGUUAACAGACUUGCAGUUGUGAAAUUAUGGGAACAAAUAGCUGAAUAUCUUUUAAAUAUGGCUGAUCGCCUUGAUGCUGGUCAAGAUAUAUUUCCACAGAAUCUACUACCUAACACUUAA